AUGGCCUACGGUGCGGUGAUCUACAGUCGUGCAAGGGACGACGCUGGCAACAUUUUCGUGAACCUCGUGGCUGCCAAGACAAGAGUGGCACCAAUCAAGCAAGUCUCGCUGCCGCGCUUGGAGCUGAGCGCUGCUGCUCUGUUGGCAGAACUAAUGCAGCGGGUCACUCAAGCACUCUCUCAUCUCACUGUGGAACACUGGGCAUGGACAGACAACACAAUCGUGCUCCAGUGGCUGUCAUCACAUCCUCGCAGGUGGAAAACGUACGUAGCUAAUCGUACUUCCGCCAUUCUCGACUUUCUACCCCGUGAGCGGUGGAAUCAUGUAAGUAGCCAGGACAACCCAGCAGAUUGCGCUUCUAGAGGACUUUCGCCGGGUGAAUUCGUUUCGUUUGACCUCUGGUUCCUCGGACCGGAGUGGCUACGUCAGGACGAAGAAUUUUGGAAGGCUGAACCCUAUGAACCAAUCGUCGAUGAAGAUAGUCUCGAAGAAAGGAAGCUCAAGGCCCUACACUCCUUGCCAAUAUCUUGCCGAAGCAACUAUGCGGUCGAGCUGGAACUUCUACAUCGACGCUCAAGCUACAGGUUGGUUGUACGCGCGCUGGCAUACGUGAACCGUUUCCUACAAGCAGCGCGGGGCAUUCAACAUGAGCCAACAUUGACACCGAUUGAAAUCAACUCAGCAAGAUUGCAGCUGGCGAGAGCUGCACAAUUCGACGUGUUCAAGCAAGAAAUGGAGAUACUCGCCAAGGCAGGGGAGUUGCCGAUCAAGAAUCGCUUGUCUGCACUACACCCAUUCCUGGACGACAGUGGAACAGUGCUUGUGGGAGGCCUACAGAACUCGCCAUACUCGUUCAAUGUGAAACAUCCCGUUAUACUCCCACGUGAUCAUCGGUUGACGGAAUUGCUACUGAGAGACCCCCAUCUGCAGAACCUGCAUGCGGGUCCAACGCUACUGACAGCUACGGUGAACCAACAGUACUGGGUUGUUGGGUUGCAAACGGCAAUUCGGCGAACAGUUCGCAGUUGCAUUCGAUGUGUGAGACUGAAGGGGCAGACCGCCAAUCAGCUCAUGGGUAGCCUACCUGUAUCCCGAGUGAUGGCUACGCGUGCGUUCACCCACGUCGGCGUCGGCGUUGAUUAUGCCGGCCCAUUCAAGAUCCAUGCAUUGUGCGUCAGGGGAGUCAAGACAUCCAAGGGUUACCUGGCGGUGUUUGUAUGCAUGGCCACCAAGGCGGUCCUAGGGGCUGCCAGUGACCUCUCAAGCAGCGCCUUCAUCGCCGCGCUCAAGCGGUUCAUCGGAAGGCGUGGAUAUCCCAACGAAAUUUGGUCGGACAAUGGGAUCAAUUUUGUUGGUACCGACAAUUGGCUCCAGGAUCUUCAACGUUCGUUCAGGAACAACAGCCGGGCGGUGGAUCACUUCCUCACCAACCAAGGCAUCAAGUGGAUAUUCAACCCUCCUUCGGCGCCACACCGAGGCGGGAUUUGGGAGGCAGCCGUAAAAAGCGCCAAGAAGCACAUCCUCGCGGUCGUUGGAUCGGAACAGCUCCCUUUUGAAGAAUUCACGACGGUUUUGUCCCAAGUGGAGGCUUGCCUCAAUUCAAGGCCGGUCUGCGCGCUCUCCAGCAACCCUGACAGUUACGAGGCCUUGACACCGGGGCAUUUUUUGGUGGGACAGCCCUUGAACCUCAUCCCAGAACCAGGAGUCCGGCAUAUCCCAGUCAAUCGGCUGGACAGAUGGCAGGCGCUACAGAAACACACCGAAGAAAUAUGGAGACGCUGGCGUGAAGAAUAUGUGGCCACACUGCAGCCGCGUAUGAAGUGGCGAACUACAGAGGAUAAUGUGAAGGCGAACCAACUAGUGUUGGUCAAAAACGAAAACGUCCCGCCGACUCAAUGGGAGUUGGCUCGCAUUGUGAAGCUGCAUCCGGAUCCAUCGGGAAUCGUCAGAACUGUGACCUUGCGACGGGGCCAAACUGAGUACCAACGCCCUGUUCAGAAGGUUUGCGUCUUGCUAUCGGAUUGA